GUUUAGCAAAAUAAAACGCAAAGUGGAAUAGCAUUGAGCAUACCGUAUCAUAUCAGUGCCAACGUCACUUAGGGCUAUCACAUUGGACAUAGUUGAGGCCCCAGCAUAGCAACAUACGCUACCAUAGUAUCAUCAAACACAGCAACAACCAUAACAACAAGAUCACAGAUCGUCAAGCAUAAUAAUAAGACAUCUACCGUACUGAAAGUAGUGAUGUUGCUAUGGCAACAAUAUAAUAUACUUGUGCUACAAAAUAUCUAGUCAACGUUCUCUAGCAACAGAGUAUAACCAAUAGCAACAAUGGCAGAAUUGAUAAAUUUACCUCCUCUGAAGACAGAAACAAUCCAAAAUGAUGCACAUAGAGAUAAUGAAGUUAUGAGAGCAAUCCUUGAACGAAUAUCAAAAAACCUCGAAGACAAUACGAAAGCAAUAAAAGCACUAGCCAAGAGUGGUAGUGCUAGCCUAGGAAGAGAUGGCUCUGCAAUUAGUAAGAAACCCAACAAAGAUAUUGAUGAAAUCGAACGAGAAGACAAGGUACCAGUGGAAAUCAGAGUAUGUUUUCUGAAGAUCGUGGAUGUAAACACCCUUAAGCAAGUGUUUGUGGCAGACAUAUUCAUACAGGCCAAAUGGACGGAGCCAGAAUUAAAUAAUAAAACAGACAGUGAACUGGAGGAUUUAGACGUUGAAGAGUGUUGUUGGACUCCGAAGAUUCUGGUGAGAAACAUUGAUGGGGAACCUGAUGAAAUCACUACUUGGUACAGAUGUCGACGGGAUCCCGAAGGUGGUCACCCUGUAGUGUAUCAAAGACAGAGAAUAAAAGGAACCUUUAUCGAGACUCUGGAAUUGAAAGACUUUCCCGUGGACGUUCAGGAAUUGACCCUCCAGGUAUCGACAGAGAGAUCAGAAGUGGAGGUUGAGUUGAUGGAAGAUAAGAAAGAGUUGUCUUCAAUAAACGUGGACACAUUCAUGGACCAACAGGAAUGGAACGUCUAUGAGCACGUAGAAUCAGAGUUAGUCCCCACUACGACUGAAUUUAGUAAUUCCAAGUUCAAGCAUCCCAAAUUAAAUCUCAUGUGUCAUGUUAGUCGGAAACCUGGCUAUUUCUUCUGGAACAUUUUUCUCAUCAUGUUUAUGAUCACAAGUCUGACGUUCGUCGUGUAUGCAAUCGACAUUGAGGUCCCCCAAGGACGACUUAACGUGAAUCUCACCCUCCUUCUUACAGCCGUUGCCUUCAAAUUUGUCUGUGCACAGAAUCUCCCCACGAUAUCAUACCUCACUUUUCUGGACAUCUAUAUCCUCACCUGUAUGGUGUUCCUCGUCAUUCAAGGGACUAUGGUUGCCGUCAUUACCGUAUUUUCCAAUAACGGGGACACUGAAACGACGGCCAUUGUUGAUAUGUACACCAUGUUCAUUCUACUUGGAUGUCACGUGUUGUUUAAUCUUACAUUUGGGUUAUUCAUGAUCAUCUCGAGGUACAGACGAAACAGGGAGAUGGAAUCGAAAGACAAACUGUAUCUGGAAUGCAAAAAUCACAAAGACAUCGAGGCUGAGAAAUCGCGGUUGAAGGCCGGAAAGAGGACAAAUAGUGUUCAACCAAUCAACGAUAUUCAACCAAUCAACGAUGAGAAAUACCUUCUCGCUACUGAUGCUGUUUAGGAAUUAAAAGAAUCAUUGGAACUUUCAUACUAGAUUUAGUCCCGGGAUUUAGUCCAUACCAAUGGAAGAAUCAUUGGAAUCAUUGAAACUAGAAAACAGCAUGUCCACGGAGUAGCAAAUCCCACCGAACAAAACGUGUUUUGAUAAAUAGCGGCCAUCUUGAUAAUUAUUUUUGAACAGAACUCCUUUUUUCCACGUUUCAGCAUAUAAACUUUGAACCAAGUCCUUCUGCUGAUAUUUGAGUUAUCAAAGUUUAUGUUUUUACUCAAAAUGAUGGCCGUUUCAGCUGCCAUCUUGAUGAUACUUUCUUGACCAGAGUUCCUUUGUCCCAAGGCAUCAGCGUAUACAAUU